CAAAUAUUGUGCCUAUUGAAGUAAACAAAAAUUCACACAUUGUCAAGUGUGAAUGUUGAGUGUGAAUUAAUCUCAUUUUAACUUUAAUUGAAUCUCUUAAAAAUAUCACACUCAGAGAAAGGAGUUUCACUCAAAUAUUCGCAGUAUAAAGGCAUACUCAGUAACUACUGUCAAUCAGAAAGUAAAAUUUGAGGUGAUCAGACUUGAAUCUCGAACUUAGUAAUUGAAGAUAACAUUGGGAAUGAAGAAGGCUGUAUUCCUUGUCUGUUUACUGUUGGCAUUCAUCAGUUCCUUAUCAUCGACAAAUGUGACCUGCACUUAUAGAACCUCAACAUUCUGGGCUGCAGAAUCAAUGUACAACUGCUAUGUUGCAAAUACACUUGACAUUUAUCAGCCUGAGGAUGCUGUGAUAACAGCUGCAACGGGAAUACAUUCUUAUGGAGAGUCCAGUGACUCGGAAGUCGUCUUUUAUACUUACAAUAAAAAUGUUCACUUUUUCCCGCUCGGUUUGGAAAAAAUUUACAAAAAUUUAAAUGGAAUUAUUUUGUACACGGAACCGAUCGAUUUUAUACAGCAAUCGGACCUAAAAGCUUACACGAGGCUUAUUUUCAUUCAACUUGCAGACACAAAGAUUGAAAUUUUGGAGGAUGGACUGUUUGACUACAAUCCACAGCUGAAAUAUUUGGCGCUGAAUGAAAAUAAAAUUUUUCACAUUGGCUUGACAGUUUUUGAGAAUUUGAACAACUUGAUAUCGCUGAAUUUGGACAAGAAUGUCUGCAUUAAAAAGAAAAGUGAAAAAAGUAAAUCAAGCACUUUGGAGCUUAUCAAGUUAGUCAAGAGUCAAUGCAUGAGUAAUGAAUUUUUUGGUAUUGAUGAGAAAUUUUUAAAAUUGGAAAAACAAGUCGAAAAUUUGAAUCAUAAAAAUUUUGGUAUUUUUGAGAAGGAAUUGCUGAGACUGGAAAGUCGAUUUGUGAGGUCCAAGUUCGCUAAUUUCACGUUGCUGCAAGAAAAGCUUGAAAAAUUGAAGGAAGCCAAGGUUGAGAACAUUCUUCUCUUCCUCUUUUCUUUGUCGUUCGAGAUUGGAUUCUUUCUGGAUGUAAAUUGUUACUAUGAUGAAUCUAAUUACUGGUCUCUUAACAUGACAUAUCGAUGCUUUGUAAUGAACGUUAGUACACCUGAUAACACAUUCGUCACAAACAUAACAGGAACACACAUGGCCAACAAGUCAAAUGAUGAUGAAAUUAUUUUUCAUUGUUGGGGUGCAAAUUUAAAAUUUUUUCCGAAGGGUCUUGAGAGGAUUUACUCAAAUCUAAUCGGAAUUCAAAUAACUGAUUGCGGACUUAAAGUGAUCAACCAAGCAGACUUAAACAAGUAUGUUAAAUUGAAGUAUCUCUCGUUGACAUCAAACAACAUUGAAUACAUUGGAAAUGACAUUUUUAAGUUCAAUACUAAGUUGGAAGUAAUUGACUUGGAAAAUAACAAAAUUCAACAAAUCGACACCCAAGUUUUUCAACAUUUAAAUUACUUAAGAUCAUUGGACCUAUCAGGGAAUCCAUUUAAUAAAAUGACUGCAGACAAUAACUCAACGGAAGUCCAAGAAGUUAUUAAAAAGGUUUGA